AUGUUUAAUUCCAUUAUUUAUUUUCCUAGGAUACCAAGUCGGCGGCGUCACCGUGGAGACGGUGAGGAGGACCGGCUUCAUGAGGAGUACCGACGGGCGCGGAAAACUCUGAAGCUGGCCAUUAGCCGCGCCAAAGAAGAAAAAAGACAGGAGAUGCUGGAGGGUCUUAAUCGUGACCCCUGGGGUCGCCCUUACCGCGCGGUGCGACAAAAGCUCCGCGCGUCGGGCCCCCCCCCUUACGGAGACUCUCCAGCCCAGCUUCCUGCGAGAAGUGGUUGA